AUGUCUACUAAUCCCUCCAAGUAUGUAUUUAAUCACACCAUGAUCCGUGUUAAGGAUCCCAAGGCCUCCGUCCACUUUUACACUGAUAUUCUCGGCAUGAAACUUAUCACCAAGUCAGACUACCCUUCUGGCAAAUUUACUCUCUACUUUUUGGCCUAUAUCGACUCUGUUCCCGAGGAUGAGGAAGAAAAGAAAAAGUUGGCAUUUAGCUUGCCUGGUGUCCUCGAAUUGACCCACAACUGGGGUACAGAGGAUCAACCCGAUUUCAAAUAUGCCAACGGUAACACCGAGGUUGGUCGUGGUUUUGGCCACAUUGCUUUCCUCGUUGAUGACAUUGAAAAGGCUUGUGAGCGUUUUGAGUCUCUUGGUGUCAAGUUUGUCAAGAAAUUGACUGAUGGUAACAUGAAGAAUAUUGCUUUCCUUGCUGAUCCUGACAAUUACUGGGUUGAGGUCAUUGCCAACCCCAAUCAUGUUGGUGAAUCCCCUAUUUAA